UGGCGCUCGCGAUCGAAUAGUUUGGGGAAUCUAUUCCAAGUUUUCGGAACGGAUCAACUUUCGCAUACAGACAAAUAUUGACCUUGUAAGUUCGAAAGGUCCACCUCUGAACGAAGACACUUUCUGAAAGUACUCCAAGACUUAAACAUACUCCUAAGGAUAUAGAUAGUAUACAAAAUAUAUUCAAGGUAAAUAACAGAACAUAACGACAUCAUGUAUGCUGAAACGAAAAGGCGGACUUACUUCCAGAUGGGAAUAUUUCUCGUUGGGAUCGGGUUUUUACUGUCCCUCAUCGGGGUUUAUUACGUCAAUGGGCUGAGCUACGUUGGAUCAACAGUGUACGGUCUUGCAACGCAGAGGGCGGCAACACUAUGGGGAGGAAUCUUGCUUGUCUGUCUUGCCCUGAGGAACGUCACACUUGGUCAUCCUAACAACAGAUUCGCAACAGAUUCCAUGUGGGAUACAUUUUCAGCGAUCUUCACCAAUCUGUUGGCAUUCCUCAUCUCUGGUGCUGUAGUAGGAGUCACUCUUUGGGCUCACAUUGACUUUCUGAGGAAUGUAGAUAUCUCAACACUUGAGGGCAGCACAGAGCUCGUAAAUCUGAUCGCUAUUCUCUUGCUUGGCACACUUGGCAUGCUGACGACUAUUGUUGGCUGCAUAGUAGCUUGUUUCCCCAUCUCAGACGGACAGGCACCCCCAGCCGGUGAACAAUACGCAAUGGACAACCAGGGGUUUAACAAACACUAAAGAAACAACAACAUCCACAUGUUACUUAGAGCUGGGCGUAAACACACACAUACACACAAAAAUUCUUCAAACUUUUCUGCUAACUGAUCCACCGGGUGCGUGAUCUUCAAUUUGAAACUACGCCCUCUCUCGGCCGAGCAUGCAAUAAAAUACAACAACCAACGUAGUACCGUCAAUGCACCGCGAUUUGGCAUGCAACUGCCCGUGAAACUCAUUCAAUUUACCCCGGGCAAUUAACGCUGUAGUUGUGAGCAUAGAUGAUGCAACUAGCGAGAGACUGUUAUAACAAUAAAAACAACAACAGCAACUAUUAUGGUGUAUAUUUAUAAAAAGAAUAUGCUUUCUUAUAGAUAAACCUGGGUUAAAGAUAUGAAAUGAAGAUUAAAAGAUGAUUAUGUAAACACUUCUCUCUAAAUUCCUUACAUUGCGAUC